UCCUUUGCUUCCCCAUGGGGAAUGUGGCUUGUCUGCGCUGCUGAGAUCGGCAGUCGCUUGGCCGCUACUUCCGUUACUAUAAGACGGUGCCUGAGGUUGGGAGUCACCAUGGCCAAGAGCAAGUUUGAGUACGUGCGGGAUUUUGAGGCUGACGACACCUGCUUGCCGCACUGCUGGGUUGUGGUGAGGCUGGACGGCCGGAAUUUCCACCGAUUUGCUGAGAAGCACAACUUUGCAAAACCUAAUGACAGUCGAGCCCUCCAGCUGAUGACCAAAUGUGCCCAGACAGUAAUGCAGGAGCUGGAGGACAUUGUGAUUGCAUAUGGACAGAGCGAUGAGUACAGCUUUGUGUUCAGGCGGAAAAGCAAUUGGUUUAAGAGGAGAGCCAGUAAGUUCAUGACACUCGUGGCCUCCCAGUUCGCCUCCAGUUAUGUGUUUUAUUGGCGGGAUUACUUUGCGGACCAGCCUCUUCUGUAUCCCCCAGGAUUUGAUGGGAGAGUUGUGUUGUAUCCUAGCAACCAGACCUUGAAGGACUACCUCAGUUGGCGACAGGCAGACUGUCACAUCAAUAAUCUUUAUAAUACAGUUUUCUGGGCCCUUAUCCAGCAGUCUGGGCUAACACCAGUCCAAGCCCAGGAGAGAUUAAAGGGGACCCUAGCAGGAGACAAGAAUGAAAUUCUCUUCUCUCAGUUCCACAUCAACUACAAUGACGAGCCACAGAUGUACAGGAAAGGGACAGUGCUGGUGUGGCAAAAGGUGGAUGAAGUCCGGACACAAGAAGUUAGGCUGCCUGCAGAAAUGGAAGGGGAAAGGAUGACUGUGACCCGGACCAGAACCAGGCCCGUGCCCUUGUACUGCGAUCUCAUUGGGGAUGCGUUCUGGAAGGAACACCCAGACAUUCUGUCGGGAGAGAACUGAUCCUGCACUCUGCAGUUCUGCCCUGCCUAACCAUGUGGGGCUCCGGGAGUCUCCUCUCCCGGGGGGCUCCAGCAUUCCUAGCCCCCAAGGACACCGUACUGAGCGACGUGACUGAAGCUGGAUGGAGACAGAGAAAGCAGCAAUGGACGGGGGUGGUGUAUCUUACUGUGCUCAAGCAGAAUACCUUUCCUUUUUUACAGUGUUAGAACAUGACUUCUUUGGCUCUUUUCAAAAUCACGAUCCUAUUUUUAUAAAAGAACCAUUCACGCUUAGCUGGAGGAGUCGUUUUUUAGCUGUGGCAUAAGCCUUACAAAAACCCGUCACCUCUUUUCAUCUCCAAUAGAAGAGGAGCCCAAACUUUACCCUCACCCACCUGUCUUCCCUAGAGAACACAGCGACUGAAAAAAUCCCACUUCUGACAGCCUCUUUUGGCAUGAGGUUAAGUAUGGGUUGGUGCCUGAACGAUGCCUCCAGACUGCGGAAUCCCAGGGAACACUCGAGGCUUUGUGCCAGUUCCUGGGGUGGCAGCGUUGACGAACAAACGAGGAGUGGUUCCUUCCUCCUGCACCAUUCCAGGAUUGAUUUUUCUGGAAUUGUUAGCAUGGUCAUCGUCUUCUCUUACCAGGGGCAUAGUUUCCAGUCAGUCAGGUAUUUUGGGGAGGUGUAUGUGUGUGUAUGAAUGGGAUGGAGAAGCAGCUGCUCCAUGGACACUAGAAGUACUUCAGUUGGAAAAGCUGACUUCGGGUUAGAUGUCUGGGCGAGCAUUUUCAAAUAGCCUCAAUGAAGUCAGAACCAUAAUAAUUGAAUUCAAGAACACAAGGAGGCCUGAGUCAGUUUAGCCUAAUCCCAGCUCUCAGAAGGUUGGAGCAGGAAUUAAAAACGUUUGAAGCAAACGACUACAUGGCAAGACUGUAAAAAAGGGUGGGCUUGGGGACCAUUGAGUUCAGAAGUUUUAAGUAGCCCCUCCUGUUGGCGCCGGGACGGAGUUGACAAGGGAGUAGUAAGGGAUCAUUUGUUCCCGAGGUGUUGGACUCAAUGGCAUAGUCACAUUUUCCCUUGACCUUGUUUUAUAUUUUAGAGAAAAAAAAAGUAUUUGCCUGUCUCAGGAAUUAAUUAAAAGACAGCCCAUGCCCUGCUUCCUGGUCUUGAUUGCAGAAUUUACAGCCAAAAAGAAAAUGUAUUUCUGACAGAGCAGCGUGCGGCCCAUCCCUCACCAGUUGACACCCCAUCUGCUGGUGCCAUUUUUUUCCUUCCUGUUCUCCCCCACUCCUCAGGAAGAAGCGGUAGAGCUCAUGUUUGGUAACUGAAAUAAAGAUUUCAACUCCUUGGCCUA